CCUGAGCGGAGCGCGCUGUGCGCUCAACCUUGAGCUUCCAAUUCAGCGACAGUUCUUAGAAUGUCCUUCUGAUGGAAGGUAGAGAAGUGAAUAACAAUGUGAAGGGGAAGGUGGUUGUGAAGGAUGCUGAGGAGUGGUUGUGUGUAUCCAGGUUACCUCCGGAUACAACGGAGGAGGAGUUCUAUGAUAUCCUCUCAGAGUUCGGAGGAGUUGAAGAGAGUUUUCUUAUACAUUCAGAUAUACAAGGUUGGAGUAAAGGGUACGGGUUGGCCAGGUUUCGAACUCCCUGUGCAGGUUUACAGGCUAGACACGUCCUAGAGGGAACCCAGCUCCGGGAUCAUACUAUAGAGUGCGACUGGUUGAAGGAAGGGGUUUACUCAACCCUAGAUCUACACAGUAAGGUUCUGUACGUGGAUAAUCUACCUGAAGGAUACAAGGAUAUGACAGAAUUCAGAAAACUUUUCUCAAAAUAUGUUUCUCCGCCCUACUCUCAGAUUGCCAUGAAGAACGGGUUGGUCCAGAACUGGGGGUUGGUGGAGUAUAGGGACAAGGAGGACGUAGAGAGGAUCUGGAAGGAUCGAGACAAUCUUUUCCUUGCUGGUUCUAAAAUCAGGAUUCAGUUCUGCGUACCAAAGAUCCCAGCUAUUACUGUCUACAUGAACUUUGUGAAUAAUUCGACAGACAGGGGGGAGAAGAGAGCUUUAAUGGAGAACGGACCCGGACAAAGUGUUUAUACUCAACUCCGAGCUUUAGCUCGUCAUAACCCUGUAUUCGUCCAGUCCUUAAACACAAUCGUCACACAGAAUAUACUGGCCGGAGAUUCAGAUUCACAGGCCGCACUUUCUCUUAUUCUUGGAGAUCAGAACGGAAACGGGAUGGAGAAGAUGUUUAAACCUGCUCCAGCUCCGGGUAAGGACGGGACGGAUAAGCCCGGAUACACUAAGCCGGAUCCAAAUGGUAAAAAUCCGCAACUGAUGAACAUGUUGUACUCGGCUUUUCAGGCUCGAGUCUCUAAACAGUCAGGUUCAAACUCUUUAACCUCGGAACAUUCUUCUCCUCCUCCUCCCCCAUCCCACCUUAUACAUCACAAUCCUCCACUCCAACCCAACAAUCCUGCAGUAGCAUCCCCUCCCCCUCCCUCACAACCUGCUGAACCUGCUCAACAACUAUCUAGUCAAGGACCUUUAAUGUCGAUGCCUCCGCCCCAUCCUCCGCCAGCAUACCUGGAUCCAUAUCAAUGGCAGAUGCCCCCGCCUGGACUUCUACCAACCCAAACUGAACUUCAUCUUAGUCAACUCCAGUACAUGUAUCCUCAGUAUCUACCGAUACAUCCUCUCUGGUCUCAAGCUUACAUUUCUCCUCUUCAUCCUCCUCCUCCUCCUGCUCUUCAUCCUUCAACCCAACCCGUCCUGGAGUCAAGUAAGAGAAAACUGUCUGAUCAACAUUUCCCUGAUUAUCAAACUAAAAGACUGUGCACUGGAAACUAAAUAUUACUAGUCCUUGUCCUUGUUUCCAUCUGGAGAUAAAAACACAACUCUAGUCCUGAAAUAUCAUAAAAGUUAAACCUGAGAUAAAGAAGACAAUGCUGCUCAUUCAAGUCUUAAACCAGUGAUCAGGGUCCUAGGGAAACCACAGUGGGCAAAGUCUAACCCUGAGCAGAACUGAAAACAGUGAAAUGUUUCCAAGUUUGGAUUCAAUAAACAGUGGAGUGAGCUUCGCGUGCCAUAGAAAAAUAGAUACGGUUUCAUUCAGAAAAAAAAAUUUAUUCGAAAAAAAUUAAAAAUUCACAUCAUACAGUACAGAAAAUCAUUGUAAUUUUGAAAACUUUACUGGAAAAGUUCUAAAAAUAAAUUGAAUUUCUUUUUAAACUUUUUUUUAUUUCCCGUCAUUUUCAUGAUCUUUUCCGAAUUAUACAUUUUGUUCCGAAUCUAAAACCAUAAAAUAAACUAGUCAAUCUAUUUAUGUUUUGAAAAACAUUUUGUAAACUAGUCCCAGAUUUCUGCACUCGGCAUUAAACUCGUAUUCACAUUAGAGUCCUCUUAUAAGUGACUGUGAUAUAUGUAUUAUAUAAUAUUUAUAACUUAAUUAAUUUCAAUUAUUUUUAUUCGAAAACCUGUGUUUUGGACAUUUUUUUUUCUGGAAAUUUUAGCUUAAAUAUGUUCAAAUAUUUCAUCAACUCAGAAAACAAAUCUUGCUUAAUUUUUCACGCUUUAAAAAAUGUUUAACAAUUGAAUAUAAAAUCUUGCCUUUUUAAUCAAUCUUGCCAGCGCAGGAUAUCUACACUAUUAUAGUCAUGUAUGUACAAAACAGUACAGCAGACAUUGUACAGCAGACACUACAGACUGUACAGAAGCUUAGAUAAAGAUAUUGAUGUAUAUUUUUGCUAUUUAAAUAUAUUGUGUCAAUGAACAUUA